CCACAAAGAGUCGAGAGUUCCGUCCUCCUCUAAUCUUUUAAGGUACUAUCUUGCGACCGAGCAAGCUCUGACACUGAUUUGCUCCAUCAUUUCCCCGCCGAUCUGCCCUUCUGCCACCUUCCCUGCCUUACCAUCUAACUGCAUGCGAACUCGCGACACGUCUGCUCUGAGUUGUCCGAGGGCCACUUGCAUCGUCGCCGAUUCUUCCUUUCGCCUCGUUGCAGUAGCCCAUCUCAUCCUCCAUCUCGGCGUUUUGACUACUCGCGCGUCUCUCUAACCCGCCCGCGGCCUCGCGACCGCUCUUUCACCCUCCUCCCGUCCCUCCUUGGCCCGCCAUGUAUGGCACCCCCCAUUCCGUUUCCGCUCCGAUGAAUGGGAUCGGAGGGGACCUCGUCGACGGCUCGGGCACCAUCAAUCCUGCUGCUCUAAAUAAUACAAACGUACCUGUUGUUCUCCCAACGCCGCCAUACGGAGCAACAGAUCCCAGCGCCAUCCCUCGCGGUGUCAAGCGCGGUCGCACACCGGAACAACGCGGAGUCUCUCGCGAUGGGGAUCCAGAUGACGGAGACGAUCAAGGCCGUCGAAAACGAGGCCGACCUCCAAAGACACCUCGCCCUUCUACAGCCAACGAUCAACCCUCAUCAGCAAGCUCUCAACAACUACAAACUCCCCAAAUGCAGCCCCAACAGUUGCAGCAAUCCCCCCCAAACGCCUCACCCCCGCUAGGCUCACCGCCUGAGAAGACGACACCAACCAAAGCUCCCUUGGUCAAAGCUCUCCCAACUGUGAGGGACCAUACUACCGAUCAGCUAAACGAGGAACGCGAUGAGUAUAUCGCCAAAGAGUUUGACGACGCUGGCGAGCAGAAGGUGGAUGCGAAUGGGUAUUUACAAGGUGAUCGCGAGUACAGGUGCAGGACGUUUACUGUGCCACUGCGCGGGAAGAAGCUGUUUAUGCUAGCGACGGAGUGCGCGCGAGUUCUGUCUUAUAGGGACUCGUACCUACUUUUCAACAAGAAUCGGUCGUUGCACAAAAUCAUCGCCACCCAGAUCGAGAAAGAUGAUCUCAUUCAGCAGGAUAUUCUUCCGUAUUCCUACCGCUCGCGUCAGAUUGCCAUCGUCUCGGCAAGGUCGAUGUUUAGGCAGUUCGGCAGCCGAGUUAUUGUGAAUGGGCGCCGCGUCCGUGACGAUUACUGGGAAAGCAAAGCGCGCAAACAGGGCUUCACCGAAGAUGACCUCGCAGGUGAAAAGCGUCCUGGUGGCGCGAAGGCUCGCGAAGCUGCCGCCGAAGCAGCAAACGCCGCCAACUUGUUGCCCACUCUGGCUCAUGGCGAUGUAAUCUACAGCAAUGCACUAGAAACAGUGCCUAGCAACCUGUCACUAGGAUCGGGCGGAUCUUUGUCGCAGCCUCUUCCGAUGAUCAAUAUGGCCACCACGGACGAUCCACGCUUAAGGGAAUACAACAGUAUGCCCCGACCGCGGCAAGAGUUGACUGGCCAGCCAUACCAGGACCGGUCACAGCCUAGCACCGCCGCUGAGAUCUUGAACCAGGCAACACACACGGCAGACUUCAACAAGAUCUUGACAUCUCAGCGUAACUACCGUCAAAAGGGUCUCGAUGAUUUCUUUUCCAAGCAGCGCGAUCCGCCUGCGUCGACGGCGCAAUCGCAGCCUGGACAACUUGAAGCCACUACAUCCGUUGCACAGCCUUUGCAGUCACCGCGGCUAUCCACGGCUGGCGUUUUGGGCUCAACUCCAGCACAGCCGAAUAUGAUGCCGCAGGCCCAAAUGAUACCCAGUCAAGCCGGGUUCCAACCGCCAACUAUGCAUCAGCAGGCCACAGUGGCACAGUCACCCAUCCGUGCUAUGCCCCCUGUUCGACCCGAUCUCAUGCAUCAGCGGACAAACCCAGCUUUGGCGCCGCAGGUUGGACCCUACGGUUUUCCCUCACAGCAGCAACACCAACAGCAGGUAUGGGGUCAGCCACCGCCGCAGCCUCAGGCUUCACCACUAUCUUCCAAUCCACAAGGCAUCCCCCAAUACCCCUCUCAAUUACAGCAACAGCAACCAGGAUCGCAGCCGCAGCAACCCCAGCAUCAACAAUCUCCCUCUCCUCUUACCCACAGUCUACAGCAGCAACACCAGCACCCAUCACAGUCUCCACGUAACCAGGUCCGACCCUCAGUGCCCCAGAUGCCCCAGUCGUUUGCUAUGCACCACCCGCAGACUCCUCAGCAACAGUCCAUGGCUUCCAUGGGCUUCCCAGGCGGAGCCAACCCGUACCCUGGAAUGGCUGGGCGUGGGUUAUAUCCCUCGCAGAAUGCCCCAGCUGGUCAGCAGUUUAUGCCGGGAACUCCUCAGCAACCUGGAAUGGGCAUGGGCAUGAAUCCAGCUAUGCCUGGUUGGCCCGGUCAACCAAUGCAACCUGGACACCCACAGCCUGGCUGGUCUACAUAUUAAACGAAACUCGAACCUUCUUUCUUUGGUGUUUCUGGAGUUGGAUGGGAAUCUCGUUCGGUAUCUACUUUUUGCCUACAGUGGUAUUUUUUCUUUGGUGCUGUUUAUACAAUGUUUGAUUCGCCACUUGACAGGGGAAUGAGUAGUUCUAAUUUGCAUUUCAUUCAAUACCCCGUUGUUAUACCCGAUGAUGCUCAUUUUGAUUUUAGUUUCGGGAGUAGGAAAUCUGAUGCGUUGAAUGUGCAUUCUUUUUUUCUUUUUUCUUUUUUCUUUUUUCUUUCUUUUCUUUUACGAUAGAGGGCCGGUCAGAUAAUAUCGGUAGUGCUGUUUUAUAGGGUCGGCGUCCUCUAC